CCAGAAGUAGGGUUUUGGCCUAGGUAACGGGGCAGAGAUGUGGUUCGAGAUUCUCCCCGGACUCUCCGUCAUGGGCGUGUGCUUGUUGAUUCCAGGACUGGCUACUGCGUACAUCCACAGGUUCACUAACGGGGGCAAGGAAAAAAGGGUUGCUCAUUUUGGGUAUCACUGGAAUCUGAUGGAAAGAGAUAGGCGCAUCUCUGGAGUUGAUCGUUACUAUGUGUCAAAGGGUUUGGAGAACAUUGAUUAAGGAAGCAUUUUCCUGAUUGAUGAAAAAAAUAA